CUGUCCAAAUCUAUAAUGGUGGAGAGGGUGCCAAGGUUAGGACACACAAGUCCAAGAUUCGCAGCAACAAAGAUGAGAAGCAGCACUAGCAGAUAGAAAAGGAGGACGAUCCAUGUACGAUCUCUAUUUGACCCGUAAGGAGCAGGGAUCUGAGUCGGGUUGAUGUUAUAUCGACUCUCGACCAGCCUCUUUCGUCGGGGAAGAGAGGGGGAAAUGGCCGCAGGAAUGAGAUGCUUCAGCUCUCCCAAGAUAUGGAGAUUAGCUCUGCUGCUACACUUGGCUUUAGCUGUUGCCGGUGUCGAAGGACAGUCCACAGGAAGCUUGGCUGUGCAGGUUUCAUCUACAUCGACUGCGGGAUCCCGGAGAACACUUCCUAUGUCGACGCAGUCACGGGCAUAACCUACGUCUCCGACGACCAAUUCGUCGACGCCGGCAUAAACUACAAGGUGUGGUCGGCGUACGUGCCGAGCACUCUCGCUCGACGGUACGAGACUGUGCGAAGCUUCCCGGUGGGAGCUCGCAGCUGCUACACGUUCGAGUCCACGACGCCGGGGCUCAAGUAUCUUGUCCGAGCAACCUUCUUGUACGGGAACUACGACCUCAAGGACAAGCCGGUGCAGUUCGACCUCUACCUCGGCGUCAACCUGUGGAAGACGAUCAAUAUCACCAACCCAACGGCUUACUUCUUCACCGAGGUCGUGGCCGAGGCCGCGGCGGGUCCGAUGUCGGUGUGUCUGGUGAACACGGGCCUCGGAACUCCGUUCAUAUCGGGGUUGGACUUGAGGCCGAUGGGGACCUUUCUGUACCCGAUGGUCGGCGCCGCUCGUAGUCUGGUCCUCUUGAAACGGCUCAACAUGGCGAGUAGCGCCGACAUCAGGUUUCCUUUGGAUCGUUACGAUCGCUACUGGUUCCCCUUCAACGAACCUGAGUGGAAGAACAUGAGCACCACGUCCACCGUCCAGAAUCCUGCAGAUGAUCAUUUCCAGGUGCCUUCCGCCAUCAUGCAGACUGCAGUCUACCCUGCCGACUCCACCAAGCUCGAAAUCAGUCUCACAACAGAGCCGGGAGACGUCGAUGAACUCUAUGCCGUCAUGUACUUCUCCGAGCUGCAGACACCGCCAUUGCAGAAUGCUACGACGCGGCGGUUCUUUGUCUACCUCAACGGAGCCCCGUUGAAUGAUGCCCAACCUCUCGCUCCGGAGUAUCUCCGUUCUCACACUCUGUACAACACCGAUCCUGCAGCUGGAAAUGGUCAGUACAACAUCUCUCUCGUUGAAGCGAGCGAUUCCAAGCUGCCACCCAUCCUCAAUGCCCUGGAAGUCUUAUCGGCAAUGCGAAACACCAACAUGGCAUCAGAUAGCAGAGAUGUUGGUGCCAUGAUGGCGAUCAAGGAGUUGUAUCAGGUGAAGAGGAACUGGGCGGGCGAUCCAUGUGCUCCUAAAGCUUAUACAUGGGAUGGAUUGAACUGUACUUUCAGUUCAUCUGGUAUUCCAAGGAUCACUGCAGUCAAUCUAUCAUACAGUGGAUUGACCGGUGAAAUGAUCACUUCUUUUGCCAACCUCAGUGCACUUCGUAUCUUGGAUUUAUCUCACAACAAUUUGACAGGAUCAAUACCUGAUGCUCUAGCAUUUCUGCCAUCCCUCAAGCUCUUAGAUUUGACAAACAACCAACUUGAAGGAUCAGUUCCUUCUGCUCUUAUUGCCAAAUCGCAAAAUGGGUCGAUUGCUUUAAGAAUCGAAGGCAACCCAAAUAUUUGUAUCGAUACCACUUCAUGCAAGGCAAAGCCGAAGUCAAGCCGGAAGAGAAAGAUUGCAGUGCUUACGAUCAUUAUUUCUUGCAUAGUUCCUGUCAUCAUACCCCUCUUGGUGGUAGUCAUCCUGUGCAUAGUGAGAAAGCAGCAAGCAUCAAAAAGAGGUACCACUGAGAAGCUGCAGAAUGAAGGCACAUUACAACUAGAGAAUCGAAAAUUCACAUACAUUCAGCUGCAGAAGAUCACUAACAACUUUGAGAGAACCCUUGGAAAAGGAGGAUUUGGAACGGUUUAUUAUGGCCGUUUGGAAGAUGGGACUGAAGUUGCUGUGAAGAUGCUAUCUCAAACAUCAUCACAAGGGACGAAAGAAUUCCUCGCUGAGGUUCAGCACUUGACAAGGGUGCAUCACAAGAAUCUAGUUUCUAUGGUUGGCUAUUGCAAGGAUGGAGGAGAUCAUCUAGCUCUUGUCUACGAGUAUAUGUCUCAGGGAACCCUGAAAGAUCAUCUUAGAGGUACUUGCAGUGCUAUGCUUUUGAGUUGGAGACAGCGUCUCCAGAUUGCUCUUGAAGCCGCACUAGGGCUUGAGUAUCUGCACACAGGGUGCAAGCCUCCACUGAUUCAUAGAGAUGUAAAGAGUGCAAACAUCCUCUUGAAUGAGAGGCUAGAAGCCAAGAUAUCAGAUUUUGGGCUGUCCAAGGCUUUCCUAAGUGAUGACCACACUCAUAUUUCCACAAAGGUUGUUGGCACCCUGGGAUACCUUGAUCCAGAGUACUACAUAAAGAACCAACUCAGCCAGAAGAGUGAUGUGUACAGCUUCGGGGUGGUUCUCUUGGAACUCAUCACAGGUCAACCUCCUGUGCUAAGCGAUCCAGAGAGCAGUCACCUGGUUGAAUGGGUUCGCCGGAAGCUUGCGAAAGGCAACAUUGAGGAGGUCGUGGAUGCGAGACUGCAGCAGGAGUACUGCCUCAACUCUUCUUGGAAGGUCGCCAACAUCGCACUGGAGUGCGUCGCACAUUCCUCCGUCAGGAGGCCGACGAUGACAGAGGUGGUCCUGCAGCUAAAGGAGAGUUUGGCACUGUGCAAUGCUGGUGAGGAGAACCAGUACCAGAACAUGUGCAGCAACAUCUUGUACACGGAAUCCAGUGAGAUUAGUAAGGUUGGUACACUCCGACUACAAGAAACAGACAGCGAUGGGCCUUCAGCAAGAUGACAUUGAUGAUACCAUGUCUGUUGUCUUUGUUCAUCUUGGUCUUUAUCAGAGUUUGCUUCUUCUAUAGCAGGAAGGCCUUCCAAAUGAUCGGCACUGGUGAAAUCUUAGGCCGGUUUGGAAUUGUGUGAACCUUGAGAGAAUGACUGGAUUUCUGGUACAGCAUAAAUAAUCACAGAAUUUACCCGGUCAA